AUGCCAGGCUUCGACUUCACCAACUACAACCGCAAUGCGGCCCUACACGCCAGAGGUGCCCCUUUGCCAAAAGCCACCAGUACAGGUACAACUAUUGUUGGAUGUAUAUACGAUAAAGGCGUGGUGAUUGCAGCAGAUACACGAGCCACGAGUGGACCUAUUGUCGCCGAUAAAAACUGCGAAAAGCUCCAUUUCAUCUCUCCCCAGAUUUGGUGUGCGGGCGCAGGUACAGCAGCCGACACGGAAUUCACAACGGCUUUAAUCAGCUCCAACAUUGAAUUACACGCUCUCUCAACCGGUCGACCUCCGCGUGUGGCGACUUGUAUGACGAUGCUGAAACAGCACCUUUUCCGAUAUCAAGGACACAUUGGGGCCUACCUUGUGGUGGCCGGUGUUGAUCCGACAGGCACACACUUAUUCACCGUGCACGCACACGGCUCAACUGACAAAUUACCCUACGUGACCAUGGGCUCUGGUUCACUCGCUGCCAUGUCGGUGUUUGAGUCCAUGUGGAAGCCCAAUCUUGAUAGAGAAGGGGCUAUUGCGCUCUGCUCCGAGGCUAUUUUAGCCGGUAUCUUCAACGAUCUCGGCUCCGGUAGCAAUGUCGACGUGUGCGUGAUUGAAAAGGACCAGCCUUCGCAGUUACUGCGAAACUACAUUAAACCUAAUGAACGUGGUCGCAAGCAACGUGAUUACAAGUUCCCGCGGGGUACUACCUCUUGGCUCAAGGAGAAGGUUAUCAAGAAGGAAGAUAUUGGAAAAUAUGUUACCAUUCAAGAACUGGGUGAGGGCGAGGAUUCUAAUGUCGUUGAGAGGAUGGAGGUUGAUUCAUAG